GCCCAUUGUCCUCAGCAGCCGCUGUUUGACUCUGCAGACACCCAUUCACAGCUGAAGUGAGGAGCCUGACAGACCAGGAGCCAUGAAUGCCAAAUGGGAUAAGCCGAAGUCGAAGAUUUCGGCUUCCCGCAAGCUCUCCCUCAAGAUGCUUCUCCUCACAAGAGCCUGUGAGGAUUUGGAGAGGGAGAAGCAGGAGAGGGAGGAAGAAAAAGUGCGCUAUAUAGCAGAAAAGUUGCCCCCUUUGCAACUGUCUGGAUUAUCAAUGGAUGAGCUACAAAAAAUAUGCAAACAGCUUCAUUCAAAAAUUGAUGUUGUGGAUGAAGAAAGAUAUGACUGUGAAUCCAAAGUUAACAAGCACAACAAAGAUAUCCACGAGCUGAAGCUGAAGGUACAGGACCUUGGAGGCAAGUUCAAAAAGCCUGCCCUGAGGAAGGUGAGGGUGUCAGCAGAUGAGAUGAUGAGAGCUCUCCUGGGCUCCAAACACAAGGGCUCGAUGGAUCUCAGAGCCAACCUGAAGUCUGUGAAGAAGGAGGAUGUCAAAACAGACAAGGUGCUCACUAGUGAAGUGGGCGACUGGCGUAAGAAUGUGGAGGCCAUGUCAGGCAUGGAGGGCCGCAAGAAGAUGUUCGAUACAGGCGGCGGAGGACAGUGAGGAGCACUGCAAAUGAUGAAGUUGGUCAACGAAGAGCAGGAAAGAGGAUAUUGUCUAGACAGAAAUAUGGAAUACUUAUCUGGAGGCUAAAUAACUUGGAAGCUGUAGGAAUUAAGUACAAGCAUGUAUAACCCUUAGUACAUCAGCUCCAUUUGCUUGAUGGCCAUUUUCUGUGCAUUGACUCUAAGCACUCAAAGUGUAGGAUGAGUAGAGACCCAUUGUUUUUUUAUUACCAACGUACCUUUGUUUUGCUAUGACAUAUUUAGACAAUUAAAGCAGAUACGAAUAAAGA